AUGUUUACUUGCGCCUACUGCCCAAAAACGUUCAAAAGAAAGGAUCACUUAAAAAGCCACGUUUGGGUGCACCAAUCACAAGAAGCCGAACAAAAAAACCCCGGUGGACCGGAAAAUCUACAGUUAAAGCAGGAUAUCAGCGAAAUCAAGCAGGAUAUGAAUGCAGAUGUUGAGCAGGAAAAUCCUGGAUUCAAUUUUAACUUAAAGCAAGAAAGUAUUGAUGUAAGCGAGCACAGUAUAACUAUGCAUAAGGAGAAUAUUUGUAUUAAGCAAGAAAAUAUUGAAUAUUAUGAGGAAACUCAAAAUAGUAAAAUUGAAAACAACAUGAAACUACAAUAG